AUGUCAAUAUCGAAGAAAUCAACGCCGCUAACAAGAACACCUAUUGAAACAGCACCGACCACGGCAACUCCAACGGCUUUAAAAGCGACUUUGUCGAAAGAGCAUGCGGAUGAUGCGCCGGAGAAUGAUGAGGAAAACGAUAUGAAAACUGAUGAGUUGACGGAUAUUGAAGUUCAUUAUGACGAGGAGACCACCGAGCGGAAAACUGAGGCUACACUCAGCGUAUUUCAACAACAGCUCCCAACAGCAUGCUUUUGGGAUACGUACAUGCAGAGUAUUAUUGUCAAAAUGGGGUUCUUCAACAACUUUGACACUAUCGGCGCUAUGUCUUUUCUCUUUAUGCGAUACGGACCAGCAAUUGUGACACCGCUGCUUGUUAUGACACUUGUCUUGGGCUUGCCGGCUGUGAUGUUGGAGUUGUGGCUUGGGCAAUUCACAUCGCUCGAUCCAACGUUUCUCUAUGAACGAAUGGUACCAGCAUUUGGGGGUAUUGGCUACAUGGUGCUUCUUGUGAAUACCGCAACGCUUUGUCUCCAAUUACGACGAGCUGUUGUAUAUAUCUCACUUUUCUUUGAGGCGAUCAGUCCGGGAAGUACACAGAAUUUGUAUCAAAGUUGCCACAUGGAUUUUAACAGCCAACAAUGCACGACAGCGUUCAGAGAUUGUCCUAUUGAAAGACCGAUUUUGGUGGAAAACAUCUGUACAUCAAACAUAACUUACAAAGCUAACUGGGUUCAAGAGCUAAGAAACGAGUCCGAUUUUCAAAUGCCCUUCUCUUUUCCGUUGUAUCAAUUCAUGUUUCGUAAUGUGUUGGGAGAAGAAGAAGGCAUGGAGGUGGACGCGAAACAAAUAAGUGGCAUAACGAGUUAUUGCUUUGUCUGGAUUCUUGUCUUGUUCAUAAUGGCGAAGGGAGGCACACGACUUGUGAAAUGGGUAGCCAUCAUCGCAAGUGUGACUCAAAUUGCGUUCAGCUUGGCUGCGACAAUCGUGAAUGAAUUUUUGAUGCAACCUAUGUGGUACAACAACACAGAGAUAGCAUCACUCGACUCGAAUUCAACUAUGGACACAAUUUUUGUGUCUGAUUUCGGACAAAUGUGGAUUGAUGCCAGUUUGCAUAUCUUACUUACAUUGGGGUUGGGCGACGGUGCAAUGGUUGCGUUUGGUGCAAAUCAUAAAUUCAAUUCCUUCAUAUUAGGAAAUGCUUUGACGGCAAUUCUUGCUUGGGGUGCCUUUAGUAUUUUCUUCUCUUGGAGUUUUGCACGGGCCGCAAUAAAAACAAUAUAUGAAUCUGUUGUGCAAAGUGCUAGCUAUACACCUGGUCACAGCAAAUUCAUCAAUGCAUAUAAUGCUUCUGUCACGAAUAUUCCACGACCGGCUGCUUUUUUCAUAGUCAUUUUGCGGACACAAGUGUCUAAUGAAUACAUGGAUGGCCUUCUAACUCUAUUUACUGUCAGCGACUUUUUCUUGGUGAUGUUGAAUGUGAUGAUUCGAUUGAAGAUCAUAAUGGGUGCUUUGUCGGAGCGGCUCAUUGGCUUAAGGCGGCUUGUGCAAAAGACUCGUUUCUGCAUAGUUGGUUGCGCGUGCUUUGGCUUAAUGUUCAUUUUAAUGCAUCGAUAUUCCCUUAUCUGGGAAGCCUACUUCAUCGAGUUCUCGUUGGUUUUGCUCAGUGUGGUUGUGCUCAUAGGAGAGGUUUUAAUUUGCUAUACAUACGGUGUUCGUCGAAUUUUCUCGAAUAUGUGCGCAACUCAAAUCACUUGGGGACUAGUAGCAAGAUAUGAUCGACUAAUUUCCAUACUGGAAUACAUUAACAUUCUCACAAUUGCUUCUUGGAUUAUCUUACCACCAUCCCUGUUGACGUUGGGCAUCAUGCACACCGUGAAAAAGCCAAACUUUCCGGAUAAGGAACUCUGGAAAGCAAAACUGGUAACAGCCGCAUUUUGUUUACCCCCAGUAGUGGUCUUCAUAACAAGCCUCUGGAAAACGCGGAAAAUGAAGUGGACAUUCCAAUUUAAACCAGAUCGAAUCAUGUGGAGGCCGAGAACAUUUGAGAACAAGGAGCUGGUAAAACAUGUCGAGAAGGAGUAUCGCAACCACUCG